GGCGUCGUGUGGCCAGCGAUGGCGGUGCUGUGGGCCAGGUGGGCGCCGCCCCUGGAGCGAGGAAUGCUGUGUAGCAUCUGCUAUGCUGGUUCUCAAGUUGGAAACGUGAUAACAUUCCCCGUAGCCGCGUUGUUAUGUGAAUACGGUGGUGGAUGGCCCUCCGUGUUUUAUGCUUUAGGGUCAGCAGGGGUUGUCUGGUUCAUCUUCUGGACAUUCAUGGUCUACGACUCGCCGGAACUCCACCCCAGGACGUCACGGGCUGAGCGGACUUACAUCAGCACCAGCCUCGAUGGCAGUGUGUCGGCGGACGUCAAGGACAACCGCCCCACCCCCUGGCUGGAGAUCGCCAAGUCCAUGAAGGUUUGGGCUAUCAUCGUCAGCCACACCUGCUCCAACUGGGGAACCUACACCUUCCUCACUAACAUACCAACCUACUUAAAGGAGGUUUUGUAUUUCCCAAUACAGUCGAACGGGGCUUUGUCUGCCCUUCCCUACGUCGGAUUUUUUAUCGUCAUCAACAUCAGCGGUGUUGUGUUUGACGUCAUCAUGCGGAAACAAAUUGUCUCGAGAACUCUGGGCAGAAAAAUUGGAAACACUCUCGGGGUCCUGCUGCCCGGCCUGUUCGUGCUGGGCGUCGGUUUCCUAGACUGCACCAACUCGGUCUGGGCGGUGACGCUCCUGAUCAUGGGCGUCUCGAUGAGUGGGUUCCAGUAUGGCGCCGGGUUCCUGACGAACCCCUCGGACAUUGCCCCACCCUAUGCUGGCAUCAUCUUCGGCAUCUCCAACACUUUUGCUACACUGCCCGGGUUUAUAGCGCCGGCUGUCAUAGGCUACAUCACCAAAGAUCAAACACAAGCCCAAUGGCAAACUGUGUUCAUCAUUUCCUGCGCGAUCUACGCUUUUGGCGCGCUUUUCUUCGCCAUCUUUUCUUCUGGUGAUGUCCAGCCUUGGGCCAGUCCAAACCUGAAUCUGGAGAAGACGGUCGAGAAAGACAGCUCACUAAGUCCAACGGUCGAGAAAGACAGCCAACUAAGGCCAACAGUCGAGAAAGACAGCCGACUUUAGUUUAACAGUCGAGAAAGACAGCCGACUUUAGUUUAACAGCCGAGAAAGAAGGCCGACUUAGCCCAGAAAGACAGCCAACAACAACCUACUUUGAGUUCAACCGUGUGGAUAAUCUGACAGCUGCUGUCUCCACUGAUAUUCACGUGACACCAGAUAUUGACGUGACAUCAGAUAUUGACGUGACACCAGAUACUUACGUAACAUAUUGACGUGAUAAAAUAUAUUGACGUGACACCAGAUAUUGACGUGACACCAGAUAUCGACGUGACACCAGAUACUUACGUAACAUAUUGACGUGACACCAGAUAUUGACGUGACACCAGAUAUCGACAUGACAUCAGAUAUUGACACCAGAUUUUGACAUGACAUCAUAUAUUGACGUGACACAAGGUAUUGACAUGACAUCAGAUAUUGACGUGACACCAGACAGAAGAAAUUGAUAUUCUGACAAACGGACCUGACAUUACACUGUACGACAUUCAGUUUCACUACAAACUAACCAUGCACUACAACUUUGACACCAUAAAUUGACAAUUCACUACGCGUAUGACACUACAUAUUGACCAGACCAGUAAUCGACCGGACGCUGACCUAACAUCACCUAAUGACCUGACACCACCCAAUAACCUAACUCCAUUAACCGACAUCAUGUUUUGCUUGUUAUUUAAACCAGUGCUACUCUAUU